AUGACAAGGCAUGUGCAAGCGCUAAGAGGAGCUACGCCACAACUUUUGAUGCAUACGGCACUAGCAAGAGGUCCUGCGCGACCUCCUAUGGGUCCUAGACCAGCAAUUUGGCCUGCACCACAAACUAUGGGGGCUAUACAACCACCGCAGGGGCCUGCCGCGGCAAUCACAACCUAUGUGGCUAUUCCUAGACUGGCACCAUCGCCUGCAUCAUCAGCAACAGUGGAUGGCAGGUAUGGACAGCACCCAGGUUCUUCAACUACACAAGAAGAAAAUGCCAAUGCAAUUCCAUCUCCUAUUGUGCAAGCUCCUGGUGGACAUGCGCACCAGCCGCUCAGUAUGGCAUCUCUACAUGCAGCUGUUGCGGCCGCACAAGGUACUACGAUGGUUGAACCACAGUUUGGAAGACCUAGUACCACACUUGGCCCUGUAAUUCCUAGAGACCCUCCAAAAUCAACAACAAAAGGGAGGGCAAAGUCAAAAAGAAUUCAAUCAGCACUUGAGCUGCAUCCGAAGAGAAAGAACAAGUGCAGCUAUUGUGGUUCUGUUAACCACAAUGGUGGAAGCUGCCCGACCAGAUUGGUGUAA